AGCAGCAGCAGCAGCAGCAGCAACCUCUGCAACAACAACAACCGCAGCAGCAGCUACCUGCCUACAUGAUGAACUCGAACUACGAUGCUCAGGCGCAGCAGCAGUAUCAGCAAAUCUUCUCAAACGCAGCUCUCUUUGGCGGUUUGGGCGGACCUCCUGCGCCUCCUUCAUUUGCUUCAUUGCAAUCUUCAUGGCAGAUCAAUCAAGGUCCUGCUCCUACCCAAAGUCCUUCUGUAACGCCAGAUCAAAUACAACAGCAUCUGCAGCAGCAACCCCAACCAUCAGUCCAGCAACAGCUACCACCAGCAUCUGCAGCACCGAAGAAGAAGCGCGCGGCACCUGAACCAACCGCCGCGCCAAAGAAGAAAGCAGCAACCAAAAAAGCCACCGAAUCACCGGCCCCGACACCUCCCCCUGUCGAGCUUCCGAUCAUGUCUGAAAAGGAUCCCGUGACGGCGCUACGUAUCCGGAUCGCGACCGCGUUCAAGAAUUUGCUGGAUGAUAAACCUGCGCUCGUCGACCGGCUGAUCGAAAUCGGUCUCGCGAUCCCGGACGAGGCGUACGGCAAGACCUCGAAGUUUGACCUCCGUGAAACGUACAUCACCUACCUCUCCUCGCUCUUAACCUCCGUCAACAAAGACAUCUGGCGCAUGCUUGCCUCGAACUUAAAAUUUCUCGCGCGACUGCGCAACUGGCUUGUGUUUGACUACAAGGCAAACGAUUUUGCCAAGGUUGGUUUGCUAGUCGGCAUCCUCACGCGCAUGUCGCCGAAGAUGGAUGAUUUAGAUACUGUCAAGCUUACGAAGCCGCUUGUUCUUGUGAGCAAGAAGGCGGAUGGCGCGGUAUCUGAGAGUGCAAAGAAGCUUCUCAGUAAAGCAUCUGCAUCUGACAAAGAAGACUCCCCGGCUCCUUCUGCGAAGUCAUCUGCAGCUUCAUCGCAGCUAAACCGAAGUGCGCUUUCGAGUAUCAGCAUCAAAAAGCGUCCCAAAGCUUCAGAUGCUGCUUCCGGUACAGCUACUCCUGCAACUACUGUACAUCCUCCGCCAUCAACGUCAGCAGCUGCUACAGCUCCAUCAGCUACCACCUCAACAAGUUCAGCAUCGCCUGCAACAGCCACCUCGUCGUCUGCCUCGACUGCGCCUGCCACUGCGACUACCAGCUCAACGCCGACCACAAGCACGCCUGCCGGCAACAGCGCGUUCUUCCAGGGUUUGCGAAAGCCCGCUGUUUCCAAACCAUCCGAACCUGCGAAACCCGCACCCCGAGUGAUGUCACUAGUAAGCAGCAUGCUCAACAAAUCCUCAGACCCAGAGGCCGAUAAACCAACCGACUCGAAACCUGCGACGUCGAGCAAACCCAAGCGCAAGAAAAGCGUAUCAUGGAAGACCGACGCGGAUCUCGUCGCGGUGCGGUACUUUGAGUCCGACGUGUCGGAGCGGCCGUCGCGCAAGGACCGGAAGAACGCGCGCGAGCUCGAUAAAGACGAAGGGUUUCGGAUGGGGCACCGACAGUUUUCGGCGGACGACGACGGUAUGGGGGGAAGUGCUGGUGAGCACGAGCCACACGAGGCAGAGGAGAACGAGGUUCUGGAAUGGUACGCGCCCGCCGCGAUCGAUUUUUCGAAAUGCGAGAGGUUUGGCGCAGGCCAGGUUUCGCGCAACAUGCAGAAGCGGGGAGGGAGUCAACUUGCUGAAAGUCCUGAGAGCGAGGUGCAGAAGAAGCGCGAGGAAGGGGUGCUGGUGGAGAUGUACUUCGAGGAUUCAGAGAUCCCUGAUAGUGCGCGCGAGCCGGCUGGUGAGGAGAACGGGCAAGAGAAACAGGAGGAAGAAGAGCCAAAGACGAUCGCGGUGCCUGAACGGCUCAAGCUCGAAUGGGCAGAAUACAAAGCCCACGGCCCUCGUGCGUUGAAACAAUCCCACCAACAGCAGACGACACGACCGGCGGAAGAAACCGCAGGUCUGGUGAACCAGCUGACGAACCCGGUAGUCUUGCAACACUUGCUCCCGUUCCUGACGCCCGAGCAGCAGACUUUGAAGCAGGGACUGACACUGUUUUCGUCGGUGUUUCCGCCGACGGAGAACGGGGGCGGGAAGGUUGGGGAGAUGAAUUACGAGGCGUUGGCGGCGAUGUUGAAGGUCGCUGGCGUGGUGUGUCGAUAGGUGAAAAUUUGUGUUGAGAGUAAAGUAAUAGAGAAUAGGUUAUGCUGUAAGUCCAAGGACGGGUU